AUGUUAGAACUUUUAGCAAUAUCAUUUACAUUUACAUCAUUAGUAAAAAUUCUUUUAAUUAUUAUUAUUAAUAUGAUUGUUGGUAAUCUAUGGUAUUCGCCAUUAGGUUUUCAAAAACAAUGGAUGAAAGCAAUGAAAUGGUCAGAUUGUGAGACCUGUGAUAGUAAGGUUGUUAUGAUGGCUCUUUUUAUGGCACAUUUAGGAACUUUAUUAAGUUCUAUAUUUUUAAAUUUAUUAUUAAUUGCAUUCAAUAUUCGAAAACAUCAAUAUCUUAGUGCUAUGUUGACCGCUGGAAUAUUAUGUGGAUUUUAUGCUUUCAACGGUUGGAAUCGUGUAUUUUUUACAAAAAAAUCUGAUCGCCAAUCUCAACGCACAUUAUAUUUAAUUGAUAUUAGUUAUAAAUUUGUUCUUUAUUCACUUGUAUCACUUGUAUUAGUUAGCUUUUAA